GAUACAGGUUGAUUAAUCAAAUUUAAUUUUGCACUUGUUUAUUUAAAAAAAAGAAUGUUUACGAUGUAAAUCAAAUAUAUGCAUAUUAAAUCAUAUCGUAUUCGCCGAUAUAAAUUUAAUUGUUUUACAUGCACUUUUUUGCCACCUAUGAUAUUUCAAAAUUAACGUAAAAACACUUUGGUUAUCUAAGUGCUUUUUCAUUCAUCAACACAAAAUAUUCCCACACAUAUUGUCGUCCAAUGUAAUUAAGUAUAUGUUUGGUUUGAAACACUUAACAAACCAUCAUCGAAAAACUAAAUUGUGCGAAUAUAAUUGGCACUUGUGUUGUUUUUGUUUGUACGACAAGGAACAGGAUUUACUUAUAAGCACUUGAUGAAUCACACAAUAACAUCAAUUUAUGAGGGUAUUUAAUAACAAGUAUGUUCUCUGUAUUAAACAUUAUAUGACCGAAGAAAGAAGGAAUAAAUAUGUAUUAUCAAAGGGUAAAACCUUGUAUCUUUGUCAGUCGGUCGUGCUAUUGGAUUUUGAUUGUGAUAUUUUGCAUUUCAAUGGUUACGAAAGUUGCAGCGGAAAAUUCAAGACAAUACAAGAUACUCCGUGAAAGGAUUGGAAGACUAGAAGGCAGGUUUGCAGACGACAUUUCUUUGAUCCGGGAAGAAUUUUACAACGAAUUAAAUACAUUAGCGAACAAGAAAUUUGGUCAAACUAUAAACGUUAAUUCUACAAUAAACCCGGAAAUUGGUUCAGAAAUUGAAUCUUUGAAGAUAAAAGUUGAUCGUAUGAUUAACGAAUCUUUCAACAGAUUUAAUGUAUUAAGUGAAGGAAGUCAGCAAGAGAAAAGAAUUCGUAGGGAGAUUCAAAGUGAAAUCGAUGAAAUUAAAGAAGGGAAUGCUGACGUAGUUAAUUCCGUUGAUAGAAUGUCAGAAACUGUAACUUCAACGAUUAAUAAUAUUGUGGAAAAGAUGACUGUUACAGAAAAGAUGAAUGACAUUGUGAAAGUACUCGAAGAUGUAAAAGAUCAACUCAGUUAUAACAUUCAAAACAAAUGUGUGCAUGAGGCUGAAAAAGUAGAAAGGGUCGCAGACUGUGCUGACUUGCUGAAACAGGGGUAUAAGACUAGUGGUGUAUAUACAGUGUUUCCAAAAACAAUGUGGCGGCCUGUAAAGAUAUACUGCGAUAUGGAAACCUCGGGUGGCGGGUGGACUGUGUUUCAAAGAAGAAAAGAUGGGUCGGAAAAUUUUAACAGAAAAUGGGUUGAUUAUGCAUUCGGUUUUGGAAAUUUGUCUGGUGAGUUUUGGCUUGGAAAUGAAUUUAUCCACAGAUUAACAGAUGGUGUGCCACAAGAGCUGCUUAUAGAAUUGGAGGAUUUCGAAAACGAUCAUCGGCAUGCAUCGUAUGGGCUGUUUUCGGUGGGUUCUGCAGAAGAGUCCUAUAAACUCUAUGUUAAUUUCUUCACUGGGAACGUCACUGAUUCUCUUGGAACUGAACAUUCAGGACAUAGUUUUUCUACAGCCGAUUACGGAGUCUCGAGUUCUUGUGCUAAAUCCUAUAAAGGAGGUUGGUGGUAUACAAGUUGUCACAGUGUAAACAUUAAUGGUUUGUAUCUGAAAGGUGAGCAUAAGUCUUACGCCGACGGUGUCAACUGGCAAGGUUGGCGUGGUUAUCACUACUCCCUAAAGAAUACCGAAAUGAAAUUUCGACCUCAUUAGUUUAUUUAGUGUUAUCAGUUAUGUGGAUAACGGGACAUAAAUAGAUGGAAAUAUAUAAUAACUUUUUUAUUCUAAAAUAGUUUUCCGGCUUGUGUUCAUAAAGAAUUAUAUAGAUCGACGGCUGAAUAGUCCUUUA